CCAAGCCUUCGCUUCUCCCCCUCUCUUGUUUCUUGAAACUCAUGUGGCGUCCUACUUCAGAAGCCGUACUCAAGCUUGACUUUAUAAUUGUGGGAGGAGGUCUGUCGGGCCUGGCAUCUGCUCAUGCCCUUGCAUCGUCGGGCCACCAUGUACGCGUAUUCGAACAAUCCACAGACCCAACUCUCCCCUAUUCCAGUGCCUUCCGUCUGCCGCCGAAUGGGACGAAGAUCAUGGAGAAGUGGGGGAUUUUGGACGAGUUGGUCGAGCGCGGAACCAAAUUGACGGGCUGCAAGUUCAUUGAUCUCGAGACAGGGGAGAGUCUUGGAUAUCUUCAAUGGUCAGAUAAAGUCUGUCGCGAACUUGGUGGCCCAGCGUAUAGCAUAUUCCAUAAUGAUCUCCACAAACUCCUCACCGCCGCCGCUCUCAAAUCAGGCGUCGAAAUAGUGACUGGCGCCACCGUCGAGGUUGUCGUCCCCCCUUCACAAAAUCCCGACUCCCCAUCAUCAGCGGUUAAUGGCAAUCACUCGAAGACAUCCAUCAAGCUCGCAUCUGGCGAGCUCCACUCGGCCGACAUUGUCAUCGGAGCUGACGGGCAUCAAAGUAUCGUUCGGCGUACGAUUGAGGAGGUACCCGAGGUACCUCGGACUGGCCGCGUCGUAUACAACGGUGUUAUUCCGCACUCGACAAUGAUGGGGGACGAGCUUUUGAAGGAGGUCACACGAAUCGGGUUUCCGGUGUGGAUGGGGGAUCUGUACUAUGCACAUGCUUAUUCUGCGUGUCACGACGAGUAUUGGUCCUUCAACUUCUGGCAAGUGGAGGAUCCCAAUGACGACGCUCCUUCCGGGUGGGGUACUUCGUUCCCUACGAGCCGCUUGAACUUCGGCGAAAAGCUUGAUCCACGGCUACAAGCCGUGAUUGACCACAUACCAUCUCUCGAGCGCGUCAGUUCGGACGUACCCCCUAUAGCAACCUCGUGGGUCGACAAGUCGGAGACCAUGCUUCUCGUCGGAGAAGCAGCCCACCCGCUUCCCCCAUGCUCACAGCCCGGCGCAGCCAUUGCCCUCGAAGACGCAUGCUUCCUCGGCACCCUCUUCUCCCACCUUCGCCACCCAUCCCAAAUCCCGACAUUCCUCUACGCGUUCGAAGACGUCCGGCGACCCCGAGCUACUAGACUACACGAGAGCGAACUCGAUAAUCAGACGAUACUAUCGUUGCCGCCAGGGCCAGCGAAGGACGCUAGAAAUGCGACAUGGAAGGAGCAGGAGAAGGUCUCUGUCGAUAAGGAUGUUCUCAGUGCCGCUGACGGGUCAGCUGGGAGUUCGGAUGGAGACGAUAUGAGUUCUGAAGCGGAGAAUCUGGAGUUGAGGAGACAGUGGUUGGAGUUUUAUGAGAAUUGGGGUUACGAUGCGCAGGAUGCGGCGAAUAGUUGGUGGGUUGAGUGGGGUCUUUUGAGGGAGCGGGCUGAGGAGGCAGCGAGAGGAGUGAAUGGUCAUGGUGAUGGUGCUGCUGGCGAUGCACGGGGACUUGGCGUAGAGCGAGAGAUUGUGGUGACGCGACAUGACUGAGGCGAUUGGUUACUCUUCACUCAUCGGAUAGCUCUCUGCGCUCUGGAUAGUAGAUGUCGUACAGGCUGUUGUAAAACCUUGUAAAACGCCGCUCGCGUUUGUCGCGGAGAAAGUUUGAAUUUCAUUGGUGCAACAUCCGCCGCGAAGCCACCAUCGGCUACUUU